ACUACACCAACACCCGUUGCCCGUUGUUUUCGCGAUUAUUGGAAUACAGUAUUUUUGAUUAUUUCUACCGUUUCAUUAGUAAAAUUCAUAACUGACAACGUGUAAUUUAUAGAACUCCAAUUUAUGCAGAAAAUUAUGUGCUGAUACAAAGUUAUUUCUGAACAUGUGUUUUUUCAAAUAAAUUAGUGUAGGCUAAGCCUAGUUCAUGCUGUCGUCAUGUUGGUAUUUUAGAUAAAUUUUGGAUUAUUUUCACAGUGAAACAUGUCUCUUACAAUGCUUUGCUGUUUUAAAAGCUGCUUUAAUGGGUUGGGAUUUCCUGCUCAACAUAUUCCGAGGCCAGAAAUUAACAAUCCAAUAGUGUUGGAUACCUCACAUAUGGGACACGAAGUUGUAAUAAUCAAGAAUGGACUGCGCAUAUGCGGUAGUGGAGGGGCUUUGUGUACGGCACCUCUCGUUCAGAGUAAAUCAUACUUUGAAGUUAAACUUCAACAAUCAGGUGUAUGGGGCGUGGGAUUAGCAACGAGGAACACUGACAUUAAUGCAGCGCCGGGUGGCAAAGACUCUGAGUCGUGGGUCUUGUGUCACGACGGCGUCCAACGUCACAACAACACCGAGGUGGACAGAGUCACAAACAAUGCGGUGGAGGGAGACAUACUAGGGGUGUCAUUUGAUCACAUUGAAUUGAAUUUCUAUGUGAAUGGAAAACCAAUGGAGAAGCCAAUAACGGGGGUACGAGGAACUGUCUACCCUGCUUUAUUUGUUGACGAGGGAGCGAUCCUCGACAUAAUAGUUGACAACUUCCAACAUCCUCCGCCGAGUGGUUUCGACCGCAUCAUGCUGGAGCAAUCUCUCCUGUAACCAUUUUAACAAAUUUUUAAAUGUUUAUUGACAUGUCUAAGUGAACUAAAAGUUCCAACUGAGUAUUUCAAAUCGUUUAUCAUAUUAAAUCUAUAUUACACUUGCAGAUUUUGACUGUAAAACUAAGGGAAGAACUGACUUUUUUAUUUUAUACAGUUUUGGUAGUCUGAUCAAUGCUAGGAAUUUUUGAUGAUUAUAUACAUAUACACAGGGACCUUGAUAACAAGACCCUUGACAAGAUGUCACCCUUGAUAAUAAGUGUAAUUUUCAAAUAAUGUACUUAAAUUUGUGGGGGACCACUUGAUUAAGUUUUAUAUUAGUUAAUGUAAUGUAUUUGUUCACUUAUUGACCUAGUAACUUGACUUACUUUAGAUUUUAAAGACUUAAUUAUUUAUAUAUUUUUAUCCUAAACUGUGAGCGUAAACAUAGAUAAAACAUACCCCCUCUCAUCCUUAUGGAACAGGUGAAGCCAAUUUUAUUGUUAGUUCUGUACGAUGAACUCAACAGCUUGUGUUUUGAUUACAUUUUGUUUCUUGUUAUUUCAGUCAUUUAAAACCCUGUUUAACCAAAUAAUACAAUCUAAUCGUAAACAAUUACUCGUACCCUAGUUAUAUAACCAAACAGUAAAGUUCAAAUCAAGAAAUUAGUCCUAAAAUAAUAGAAACAAAAUUUCAUCGACACUAACCCCCAGUGUACAUGAACUAGACACGAAAAACUAGCUUCAAAAUUUACAAUGGGAUGAGAAGUCUACUUGUGUGGGUUAGUCUAUGGCGUGAGCAUAUUUACUAGUACAAACUCUGUUCAUUUUCAGACCACCACACUACUGAAAUACCUAUCUUUGAGUGUUUAAAUUUAAAAAAAUGAAUCAUAAUGAAACUGGAAAGGCACUUAUAGCUUAUUUUUGUUGUUUUAUUUAUUUAUUAACUUGCUUGCGAGUGUUAUUGUUUUGUGUUUAAGAUUGAUACAUUCCAAGUUUUGAGACCUGAUGAUGAGACGAAUUUAUAAUUUUAAGUACGGGGUAUCUACUUACCUAGGUCUACUUAAAACCCUUGUUUUAGACAAAACUGUGUUUGUCAUAUGUGUUUUAGCCUAGUUCAGAUAUUGUUUUUCUCCUUAGGAAUAUUCCGUCCUCCGCUUUGUAUUUUGUUUUUAAUGUUAUUGUGUUUUAUGGAGGAACUGGAAUUUCUAUUACCUAUAUUGUUUGACAACUGAACAUGUUUUACUUCAAGACUAAAUUAGAGGAAUUGUACAUUCAUGGUUUGCUUUUGGAACUCUAUUUUCAAUUACCAGCCCCAAAGAAUAUACAAUCAUAACCAUUACCAAAUAAUCAAUUAACUAUGUUAAUUAAGUAAUUAACUGUAUAAACUUUCUAGAAUAUCAUUAUUACCUCAAAGCUGCGUUUUCUAAGGGGCGGAAGUGGAACACAGAGAGGGGUACCCGCUCUUCUGUCUUGUGUAAUAUAAUGUGCCACUGGAAAAGCUGAAAUCGCUUCUCCACGCACGCCCCACUUCCGCGCCUAGGAAAACCCAGCUUAACAGUACACAAUUGUUAUAAAUUUGCUAAAGAUAAGAUUCUUAAUGAAAUUAGGGUACUGUAACUUUAAAUAAAUUUGCCCAUGUUAAUUUUGUUCCUUUUUUUUUGGUUUGUCACUUUCUUUGAAUUUAUGAAUCAGAAGACAAUCUAUAAAAGACGCUAUCAAAUACAAAUUGAUUCUCAUCAUCUAAAAUUAAGAACAAUAUUUAUUUAGGCUACUUCCAACUGGUUCUAUCAGCGAAUAGUUAGUAUGCAAUAGUAUACUGGAAAUUACCAGGAAUUAGUGUUUUGGUAUUGCAAAUUAUUUCAUGUGAGUACCGUUAACAACUUCUUUCGUAAAUGACGUAUGAAACUUUUUGGCUUUUGCCAUAUGAUACUUUAACUUUGAAGUGGCAUUUGUAACUAUUGAUAGCGUUCGAGUCUGGUAAUUUAUAAUUUCCAUUACAUCAUCAUUUUUUAACUUUUGUUUGUCUGUGAGUGCAAUUAUUCACCUAUUUAAAAUAUCAAGAUUGUUUUUUUUUUACCUUCUAUAAAAUAUAAAUAUAACAUUUUUUCUUGACAGAUGUGAAGAAUCAGAAGUUAUUUCCUGCUUUUAUUUAGUAUAGUUACAAGUGUUUCCGUCAAAUCCAUUUUGAUAAUCAUUUUUUACUUUUGUUUGUCUGUGAGUGCAAUUAUUCACCUAUUUAAAAUAUCAAGAUUGUUUUACCUUCUGUAAAAUAACAUUUUUCUUGACAGAUCUGAAGAAUCAGAAGUUAUUUCCUGAUAUUAUUUGGUACAGUUACAAUUUGUUGUGACACAUCCAUUUUGAAGGGGUUUUAACAGUUCAUCUUUUAAUAAUUAAUUAAUGGGAAUUGGGGACAACCACAACAUUUCUUUUUCCGAGAAAGGACAUAAUCGGUUAGCAGAUGCCUUACCAGGUCCCACCCUAAAGGUAUUGGGGAUGUCUUCCCUCCUCCCUCAUGGCAACCCACUAAAAACAACCUCUCUUCUCUUGCCCUUUCUCUGACCAUUGAAUCAUCAAUUCUGUAUAACUUCAUGGUCAGAUACAUUAUUUCUCAACGUUUCAGUUCCUCCAUCUUCUCUUCCAUGAUGUUGCGAAUCUGGCUUCCUGCUAGGUUCCAUCCAACUGGUUUUUUGUAUCAUGAUUCUGGCCAGAUUCUGAGUGUUGAUGCUCUGCUAAUUUUAUUUGAAGUUGCUGUUACUUUGUCUUGAAUACGGUGCACCAAAAGAUUGUAUGAAGGGUAUCAUCUAGAAGCAUCUCAAAGUUAGUGCAGUUUCCAUCAUCUAACUUUUGCAUUCUGUUACAACCAGGACAUAAAUUUUCAAAUGAUACUCGGGUCUAAAAACAUUUGUUUAGAAGGACAAUGGUCUCUAAAGACAUGGUAAUUACAUAUUUAAAGUGAAGUGUGUUGCUUGAGCGAACUGUGGUUGGAGUCUCAGAGAGCAUCUUAUUGUAUUUAAACUGAAGCUUACAUCCCAAUCUACUACUUUAGCACAAUAUAUUAAUUUAGCCUAAAACAGAAAAUACAACUUAAAUGGAAGCACAAGAGGAUGAUUAAAAAUUUAACUAUGUCGUCUUAAAGCAAAUAAUCUGACUACAGCACAGCCGACCAACGUAGAUGGGAUGUCAAUUCCAGUAUCAAUUUCCAAUCCUAAGUUUGUGGGGCACAUAAGUUAAUCAGUAAGCAUUUUAAAGUUGAGUUUUCCUUGGUGCAGAAACUUAGAGCGGAGUGGAGUGUGGAGAUGCGAUUUUCCGCUUGUGCAGUGGCAGUCUGCUCCCUUCUGUGAAAACAGUAUACCAUUAAAAUACCUUAAAUGAGAGGAGAGCAGACUUUCUCUGUUCUACUUUUGCACCGAGAAAACCCAAACUUUAAGGAUUUUAUUCGUUGCAUUUUCAGUAAUGAACAUACUAAAUGUAGUGGUAACGCAAGAAAAUUAUCCAUUUUGCACAUAAAUAAUUUCUGAUUCUCCUCUGUGAUGUCCAAAAGCUUUAAUUACAAAAAUGUACUCCGUACAUAUCAAGUGAUUUUAUAUGAUUAACCUUUAUGUUACAUGCAAGUUUGCUCAUACCCAUUCCUUACUAUAAAGCUGGUUCCUUUCAGCAAUCACGUUGAUGUGAUAUUGUAAAAUAUUGUAAUAAAUGUUAUUUUUAAA